AUGGGGUGGGUGGGGGAGGAGAGGGCUGCCGCGGCUGGCAUCUAAGUCACAGUGCAGCGCCCGGGGGCUAGGCGUUGCACAUUACAUGUGUGGCGUCUAGCACGUAGGCGCUGCACUGCUGGGUGCGGGCCCAGGGGCUGCCACGGUGGACAGAUGUGCAACGCCCCCGAGCUAGGCGCUGCACCGUAGAGUGUGGCGCCGGCGUGGCGGACGCUACACAAAAAGGUCAUCGACGUGAAAUAGUUUCACGGGCAGUUUAUUCUGUGAAUUGAUUUCGUCCCAAGGUCAAAAUUGUCAAAUUUGCCUCUAACGGCCAUCAGCGCAUUAAGAGUUGUUUGUUUUUCUACAUUACUUGUGAUUUACUACUACACAUACGACUAGGGAUUAGGAAGACGUGGAAGCAGUAUACUACCACACGGGGGUAGGGGGUCCUGCCGUUAGCCGUAGAAUAAACGUUGGUAUACGCUGCUUCUCUUUUCAUUCUUGAGCUAAAAAGAGUAAAGAGUUGCUAAAGAAGGAGAGGAAAUUAUAGCUACCCUUCGUUGCACAUGUUCCUCGCCGAGUUUGGGUAAGGUUGCAACCCGUUCUUGAUCUCAACCACCAUCCAUGAUGGCUCAUGGAUUCAGUUGCAGGAACACUACGCCGUGGCCAUAAGCCCAUAAGGCUUUCAGGCACAUGACCCAGCUGCUCCGCUUCGCAUCAAGCAGCAGGGAGAAAACAACCAUGCAUUUUCAUGGCCUCGCUGUUGUGCUGCUGCUCUGUUUUGCUUCUCCCACAAGUUCCUGCACGGAGCAUGAGGCCACCACACUCUCUGACUUCCUAAGCGGGCGGUAACGGUGGUCUCAACGUGUCAUGGGUGAAUGGCUUAGACUGCUGCAACUGGGAAUGUAUCGUCUGCAGCAGUGAUGGCACAGUCACAGAUGUCUUGUUGUCUUCCAAAGGCCUCAGAGCCUCAGAGGGGUCAUCUCAUUCUCACCAUCCCUCAGAGGGGUCAUCUCAUUGUCCAAAUGCACAUUUUGAAAAGUUAAAAAAUUCUAAAAAAAAAUCCUGCGUGUAUAUCCGAACAUUCUAUGUGCGUGCACAAAGUUUUCGGUGAAAAACGAGGUUUUUUGUGGCUUGUGUAAAAAAGACAAUUUCUAAUAUUUCAUUACAACUAUUCAUUUUGCAUUUCUUUAUCUUUUUACACAAGCAAAAAAAAAACGUCGUUUUUCACCGAAACUUUGUGCAUGCACAUAGAAUGUCCUGGUAUACACGUGGGAUUUUUGUUUCGAAUUUUUCAACUUUUCAAAAUGUGUAUUUAGACAAUGAAUGCAUAUGCACCUAGAAGCCAAAACACCGAGCCCAGAGCCAGAAAUUGACAAUGGGUCUAUAUGCACCUAGGAGCCAUUGUCAAUUUCUGGCUCUUGCACCUCAACCUAUCCCAGGAUUCUCUUGAAGGCAGUCUACCAGUGGAAUUGUUCUUCUCCAGAAGCAUCGUAGUUCUCGAUGUCAGCUUCAACCGCCUUGAUGGUCAUCUGCAAGAGAUCCAAUCCUCAAAUCAUAGUUUUCCUAUCAAGGUGUUGAAUAUCUCAAGCAACUUCUUCACAGGACCGUUUCCAUCCAAAAUGAGGUGCGCUUCGGUACACCCCCCCCCCAAAACGUAGGGGCAGGGGGUCAUUUCACACGGCGUAUUAGAAUACCCGCCCGCCCGCAUCACCGCACGGGCUGGUCGCGCCCGCCCGCCCGUUUGGUUUGAGAAAAAAAAAGACGCCCGAUCGGGUGAACCCUAUUUUCCCCUCGCCUCUGCCGUCGCCUCUCGCACCGCCGCUGCCAUCUCCGGCAGUACCUGGCCGACGGGGAAAUAAAGUCGCCGGCAGCACCCAAUAAUUUCGACGUGUUGUGCGCAAAGUCGACGCCGACAACCGCCUAGGUCGGGCAGACGCCGCCGCCGCCGCCUGCUCGGCGUGCUGUUCGCCCUCAAGCCUUCGUCACCGGCGAAUAUCAACACUAUUGUCAUGUCUGACGAAGGCAACGAGAUGGAGGCGAAAAUCAGAUAUGACGGUGAUGAUGGCGGUAGGGAGGACGGAUCAUUGUCAUUGGAUGAAGACGAACAUGGCGGGGGAAAUUAUAUGAGUUUGGAUGAGUCUUACAGUGGCAAUGUAGGUGGGGAUAAUGACAAUGAUGAUAUGGAUGUAGAUGAUUCAUAUGCUGAAAACGGUACCCAUAUGGAUGUGGAAGGGUACUAUGAGUGGAAUUUAUUCGAUGAUGCCAAUGACGAAAACGAUGUUGAUGCAUCUUAUAAUGACAGCUCAAGCAAAGGAGACGUUGGUGACCCGUGCGAAAAUGAUGACGAUGCCAAUGGUGAUGAGUAAUUUUGACAUUGGGUACGAUGAAAACCAGUAAGACUCACUGGACAGGCAUUGGAUGGUGAUGGCCAUGACGUUCAGGUCAGAAGAGGAGGCAUAUGAUUUCUAUAACGACUAUGCGAAAAAGCGUGGAUUCAGCAUUACGAGGGACAACUUGAAAUACGCGAAGGGUGUCGACGCACGUAAGCGCUUGAGGAGGUUUCUCUGUUCGAGGGCUGGGAAAUGACUGGCCAAGUUUUGUACCAUGGAAGGGAGGAAGCGUAGGCUGAGAGCGGAGAGUCGGUGUUAUUGCGAGGCCCAUCUAACUGUGAAGCUUGAUAGAGAGCGCUCCAUUUGGUAUGUCAGCAGUUUCAGCGAUGAUCAUAGUCACAUUCUUGCUACCGGAUGAAGUUACAUAUCUCCGAUCUCACAAUCAGAUAAAGGAAUAUCAGAAGAUCGAGAUCUUAGCAAUGGCAGGUGCUGGGAUCAGAAAACAUAUGAUUUAUGACAACUUCGUUAGUAGGUAUGGAUCAUAUGCAAGGGCUGGUUUCGGGAGCAGGAACCUUUAUAACAUGUGCUAUAGGGAGAAAAUGAAGUUGCUAGCAAAGGGUGAUGCGGACACUGCGAUCGGGAUCAUGAUGGCCAUAAAGGCAAGGGAUCCAUACUUUUUCUUUGACCACACUGUUGAUGCAGAAGGCAAGCUGAAGAACCUGUUCUGGUGUGAUUCUCAGUCACGUCGGGAUUACCUUGACUUUGGUGAUGUAACCGUCUUCGACAGCACAUAUAAGAUGAAUAGGUACGGAAUGCCAUUCAUACCUUUUGUUGAUCUAAACAAUCAUCGUUGCACCAUUGUGUUCGGUUGUGCUGUUGUGUCAAAUGAGACCGAAGAUACAUAUGUUUGGGUGUUGCAGACCUUCUUGAGAGCUCACUGUCAGAAGAAGCCGAGGUUUGUAAUUAUUGACGGAGACGCAGCCAUGAUAAGGGCCACCAGUAAGGUCCUUACUGACGUGUGGCAUCGACUUUGUUCAUGGCAUAUAGAGAAGAACAUGCAGAAACACCUCCACCACAAGUCCCUUAAGGAGUUCAUGUCUCUUAUUUACUAUGCUACUACACAUGAUGAGUUUGAGGCGGGAUGGGCAGCUUUCAAAGCUAAAUGGGAGUCGGAGAAAACUGAAACAUGGUUGCGUAGGAUGUACAGGAAGAAAAGGCUUUGGGCUGCAUCAUAUCUCACCGGUGGGUUCUUCCUUGGUAUGCGGAGUAGCCAGAGGAGCGAGAGUCUGAACUCUUGCCUUCAUAUGCAUCUUGACUCUGGCAUGACAAUUGUUGAUAUGGUUGUGCAUUAUGAGAACUGCAUUGUGCAGCUCCGUGAAAAUGAGUCGUACGACGACUGCAUGGCCACAUAGACACUCCCGAUAGCAGUACUUGACGAGUUCAAAUACAUUGAGAAAGCCGCUGCCCUCACUUCUGGUGAACUUUUACCUCUUGCAGAAAGAAAUGAAGAAGGCAGCGGAUCUUGAGAUCAUAGAUAGACUCAGUGGAGCCGUCCGUCAGAGAUUCAAGUGGCAUGGAAAAAUAACACCCAACUGAGAUUCAAAGUGGACUAUACACCUACUAACUCAGAAGAAAUAGUGAAGUGCAGUUGUGGUAGUAUGAAUCGUAAUGGUCUCCCAUGCAAGCAUGUUCUUUAUGUUUUGGCCAGGUUGAACAUGAAGGACUUACCUCAGUGCUUAGUGCUGCGAAGAUUAACCAAGAAUGCUAGAGGUGGACUGGCCGUGAAGCGCACUAGCGAACUCUUUGCAUGGGGAUGGGCAGGUACUGAGGAGAGAACUAAGUACAAUGAGUUGACUAUUUUGUCUGUGGAAGCAUCUCAUGCGGCAUGUCAUAGACCAUUUUGUAUUUGACAAACUGAAGGCUGCUCUGAAGGAUGAUAUAGCAAACAAGGACGUUGAGGAGGAAGAAUAUGUGAGACAACAUAGGGUUGCGUAUGACGAUGCUUUUGUGCCGGAUCAAGAUCAUGUUUCUGUUGGUGAUCCACAGAAAGUCACUAUGAAAGGAGCACCCAAAGGGCAGAAUAACAAAGGCCGUGGUAAGGAACCUGGCGUGACUAAAAACGGUAGACCUAAAGGUUUCAAUGAGAAACCUCCUGAACGCCUAUGCGGUUUAUGCAGAACAAAAGGUCAUUUCAAGAACAAUUGUCCUACGAAUCCUAAAAACAUGGCAUGAUGAUGAUAGCACGGAUUGUUUGAAUAAGUGGAACAAGUUCUUAAAUAGAGUUAAUGAUUUAUUUGGUUGUAAUAAAGAAUUCUACUUAUAAAUUUGUUUCUGGCACAUCGCUACGGGAGACUUGUAAUCAGUGUUAACUUAUGUCAUAUUUGUUGGCACUAUACUCGUUGUUUUUCAUAUGAUAUGCGAUAUACACAUUUUAACUUU